AGGGAGUCUUGUUACCAGGGCAGCCAGGAAGAAGCUACGGGGAUAGCUAUGUGAGCAGCAAUGACCAUCUGGAGGGUUUAGUUCAGUAACUAAGGCCACUGUGGAGUGCCCCUGCCAGAGCCACCACCACCAUGGGUACAGCCUCCUCCCUGGUGAGCCCUGGGGAGGUGAUAGAGGAUGCGUACGGGGGUGAGGGUGGGGAGGCAUGUGAGAUACCGGUGGAGGUCAAACCUAAAGCCCGCCUCCUGCGGAGCUCCUUUCGCCGAGGGCCCAGGGUGAUUGGAGCCAGCUUCAAAUCCACGGGCUCUGUGGACCUGGAGUACACCGCCGAAUACGAGCGGCUCCGCAAGGAGUAUGAGAUCUUCCGGGUCAGCAAGAACAACGAGAUCACCUCCAUGCAGAAGAAGGAGGCCAAGCUGGACGAGGAGAACAAGAGGCUGAGAGCUGAGCUGCAGGCUCUGCAGAAGACCUACCAGAAGAUCCUGAGAGAGAAGGAGAGUGCCCUGGAGGCUAAGUACCAAGCCAUGGAGAGAGCCGCCACCUUUGAGCACGACAGGGACAAAGUCAAACGGCAGUUUAAGAUCUUCCGGGAGACCAAAGAGAAGGAGAUCCAGGAUCUGCUGCGAGCCAAGAGGGACUUGGAGGCCAAGCUACUGCAGUUGCAGGCUCAGGGCAUCAUGGUGUACGACCCAGAUGACUCGGAUGACGAUGACAACCACACCACCGUCACAGCUGCAGGGACUCCCUGUGAUUACUGGGGUGGUGGAGUGCUGGGCAGUGAGCCCUCUAUGGGCAGCAUGAUGCAACUGCAGCAGACCUUCAGAGGACCAGAGUUUGCCCACAGCUUGUGCGAUGUGGAGGGCCCGUUUGCCAAUGUCAGCAGAGAUGACUGGGACGCUGCUGUGGCCAGUCUGCUGCAGGUGUCUCCUCACGUGUCCCAGGCGUUAUGGAGCAACACGGUGCGCUGCUACCUGAUCUCUACCCAGGAGACACAGGCUGAGCUGGACAUCUUCACCCAGAGGUACUCUCCUAGGCUGCAGAGUCUGUGUGAGGGGCUGGGCCAUUUCUACCUGAACAUCUGUUUCCCUGAGGAGAGUGCAGCCUCCUAUGCACUGGAACGCAGACAGGAGAUGGAGAGGAGCUCUGUGUGUGUGCUCCUCCUUAAAUCCUCCAUCACUAGUUGUGUGUUGGAGGAUGCGGAGGAGGCCUUUGUGAAGAACCCAGACGGCCGUCCACUGGUACUCUACCUCAGGACUGUGGAGGCCCACCCUCUCAGCGGCCCCACCAGACAACUGCUGGAGAGGGUCAACGCUGCAGACAAGGCAGCCAAAGUCAAGGUAGUGGACCAUGGUGGCUCCCCAGAGGAAGGAGCGUCUAUGAUCUACACUCAACUGGAGAAAGUCAUCAAACAGGAACUGCUGGGUUUGGAGGGCAGCGACGUGGACAGUAAGGAUUCGGGGAUAGACGAGGGGCGCGAGGAGGAUUUGGGGGACGUGCUGUGGGACCUGCAUGAUGAGCAGGAGCAGAUCGAGGCCUAUCAGCAAGCCUGCAGCGCCGCAGCUCAACUGGGCUUCCAGAAGUACAUAGAUCGUCUGAAUGACAUGGUGGCAGCCCCUCCUCCCACCCCUCCACUGCUGGUAUCAGGGGGACCCGGCUCCGGGAAGUCUCUCCUGCUGUCCAAAUGGAUUGAGCUGCAGCAGAAGCACUCCCCCAACACGUUGUUCCUGUACCAUUUUGUGGGGCGGCCUCUUUCUACCAGCUCUGAGCCUGUACUCAUUAUUAAACGCCUCACUGUCAAGCUGCUGCAGCAUUUCUGGUCCAUCUCUGGGUUAUCCAUGGAUCCCUCCAAGAUCCUAGAGGAGUUCCCUCGCUGGCUAGAGAGACUGUCUGCCAGGCACCAAGGCAACAUCAUCAUCAUCAUCGACUCCAUUGACCAGAUACAGCACGCAGAGAGGCACAUGAAGUGGCUGAUCGACCCCCUGCCGGUCAACGUCAGAGUGGUGGUGUCUGUCAACGUGGAGACCUGUCCCCAGGCCUGGAGACUGUGGCCCACCCUCCACCUGGACCCGCUGAAUCCCAGAGAGGUGAAGAGUGUCGUCAACACAGAGUGCCUGGCAGCCGAUGUUAAACUCACUAAAGACCAGGAUAAGAAACUGGAGAGACACUGUCGCUCUGCAUCCACAUGUAACGCCCUGUAUGUCACCCUGAUAGCCAAGAUGAUCACCAACUGUAGGUCUGCCUGGUCGUUGGAGAGGACUCUAGAGCAGUGUCUGCUGUGUCAGGACACCAUGUCUCUGUACAGCUUGGGCCUCAAGGUGGCGUUAGACACUCUCAGCACAGACAGGGAGAGACACGUCAUGAGAGAGAUGUUGUGUCUGGUGUGUGCCAGUCAUAAUGGUGUGAGUGAGUCAGAGGUGCUGGCGGUGUUUCCAGACCUGGGCCUGCCUGUCCUCUCCUCCCUCCUCUACACCCUACAGAGACUCUGUAUUGUAGGCCUGGGAUGUGGACUCAUCAGGUUCCAACACCUACAGGCUGGGGAGGCUGUCCGGCUGGAGUUUAUGGAUGGAGGGACCUGCUCUCCUGCCUACAGAGAGAAUCUCAUCCACUACUUCAGCCAGCAACUCAGUCAGGACAGGGUGACGUGGCGGGUGGCAGACGAGCUGCCCUGGCUACUCCAGCAGCAGGAGGACAGGGCCAAGCUGCAGCUCAGCCUCCUUAACCUCUUUGUCUCCCAGAACCUCUACAAGAGGGGCCAUUUCUCCGAGCUGCUGGCCUACUGGCAGUAUGUGGGCAAAGACAAGAGCUCCAUGGCCACUGAGUACUUUGACUCUCUGAAGCACUAUGAGAAGAGCUGUGAGAGUGAGGAUAGCAUGAUCAGGCUGGCCAACCUGUAUGAGACACUGGGCCGCUUCCUCAAAGACUUAGGCCUGCUCAGUCAGGCGGUAGCCCCCUUACAGAGGUCUCUGGAGAUCCGGGAGACGGCCCUGGACCCGGACCACCCCAGUGUGGCCCUGUCCCUACACCAGCUGGCCGGGGUUUAUGUCCAAUGGAGGAAGUAUGGUAACGCAGAGCAGUUCUACAAGCAGGCCCUAGAGAUCAGUGAGAACGCCUUCGGAUCGGACCACGCCUGUGUCGCACGCGAACUGGACUCCCUGGCCAUGCUCUACCAGAAACAGAACAAGUAUGAGCAAGCCGAAAAACUAAGGAAGAGGUCUGUGAGGAUUCGCCAAAAGACUGCCCGCCAGAAAGGCCAUAUGUAUGGCUUCACUCUGCUACGUCGGCGGGCCAUCCAGUUAGAGGAGCUGACUCUGGGUAAAGACACAGCAGAUUGUGCCAAGACCUUCAACGAGCUGGGAGUCCUCUACUACCUCCAGAACAACUUGGAGGCAGCCAAAGUGUUUCUGACCCGUUCUCUGGAGAUGCGUCAGCGUGUGUUGGGGCCGGACCACCCUGACUGUGCCCAGUCCCUCAACAACUUGGCGGCCCUACACACUGAGAGGAGAGAGUAUGAGACCGCAGAGGACAUGUACGAGAGAGCCCUGGACAUCCGGAAGAGAGCCCUGUCCCCUGACCACCCCUCCCUGGCCUACACCCUGAAACACCUGGCCAUGCUCUACAAACGCAGGGGGAAGCUGGAGAAGGCUGUUCCUCUGUAUGAGCUGGCUCUGGACAUCAGGGAGAAGAGUUUUGGACCUAAACACCCCAGUGUGGCCACAGCAUUGGUCAACCUGGCUGUACUCUACUGCCACCUGAAGAAGCACAGUGAAGCGCUGCCCCUGUAUGAACAGGCUCUCAGAGUGUAUGAGGACAGUCUGGGACGCUCACACCCACGUGUCGGAGAGACGCUGAAGAACCUAGCUGUACUCAGCUAUGAGGAGGGGGACUUUGAGAAAGCAGCAGAGCUCUACAAGCGAGCCAUGGAGAUCAAGGAGGCGGAGCCGUCUCUGGUGUGUGGGAAGGCCCCGUCUCGGCACUCGUCCAGUGGGGACACGUUUAGCCUACGAGGGCCAGCCCCUCUCCAACAUGCCCCCAGGUGAUCCCUCCCUCUACCACCUCACCCGUGGGGGACCUAGAACACUGGGGCUCUUUCCCAAUUUGUCUUCCCUCGAUUCCUCGUGUGACCUUUGCUCAUCUCCUUAUAGAAAUGCAUUAGUGGAGAAGGUCCAAGGGUAGGGAUCUUGGAUCUUCUCCUCCAACAAUAUUCUUUGAGAAGGAGAUGGUGAGAUAGGGUCCGGGGAAUCACGGAAAGAGAAUUGAAGUAGAGCCAGGAUCCACAAUCUGCAUUCCUGAGAAGAACGUCCAUCGAACUCUCAAUGGUUCUUUAUGCUGCUUUGAGAUGGAACGGUGUUGUAAUGUCGCCUGUCAAGUGUACUGUAGCUAACUGCCUUUAUGGAAAUAUGAAGUAUGCUUUAUUUAAUGUCUGUUAAAUGGCUUUAUUGUUUUGUUUAAAAAAUAUAUAUAUUAUUAAUGUAAUCAUGUAUUAUUAUUAUUAUUAUUAUGAAAGAAUGUGAAAUGAUGUCAACACCGCCCUUGUCAGGGCCUGAAACUCAGGUUAAGAAGGUUUUUUAUUCCAUAUUCACAAAUGUUUCCACAUUUCAAUGACUCUCUGUUAGUACCUAUGGAAGUGUGUAGCUGUUGAAAUUACAUUUGAAUUUGAUAAUGGUAAUUGGAUGAUUAAUCAAUAUCACCACUAACUGUAAGUCGCUCUGGAUAAGGGUGUCUGCUAAAUGACCAAAAUGGAAAUUCCUAUUGAUGUACGCUUCCAUAACUAUCGUAUGCAUGCUCAUAUAAAAACAAAUAUUGGAGCUGUAUUGUUACAGAAUACUGAGCUCAGGUACUUUUGCUGUGCCGGUUAUGCAAUCAGUGCCAAGUCUUCAUGCAGUACAGUAAUAGAUAUGAAUGCAUAUUGUAUUUUAUUCAUGUAAACUAUGACAUAUGCCUGUUUCAAGAUGGAACCUUGAUCUCAUGCCAUGGUGCAUAUCAAUAAUUGUAUAUCACUGAGCAGUUUAAAUGUAUUUACCUCACAUAAAGUACUUAUGCAAGUAAAAUAAUGGGUUUCAAACCCAUGCCAUCAGUUUUUCAACAGAAUUCUGCCCUAUUGCAGAGGUUCUGACACUCUAUUUUAGAACAUGGAGAGACAGUAAGAUACAGUAUACCUCCUGCAAUGGAGAUUUGUGUGGUGUCAAUGCUUAGUUAUUAAAGGUGGUACACAGCAAAUUCUCCAGUGUUAAAUCAACACAGUGUUAAAUGUAACUGUUCCAGUGUCUAUAUGGGUCCACACCUUUCAGUGUUAAAUUAAAACACUGCUUACUGUAAAGCCUUGUUUGCAUAUUUCACAGAAUGCCUUGCCUUCUGAGUGAACUGUAGAGUUACCACCCAUGACUAUUUGUUAGUGACAGAGACAUGGUUGUUGCAUUCGUAAAUGUUCAGUCUUGUGGCCUUCACCAAGUGAGAUCCUAAGCGAAUAUGCUAUCAUUCAAAUUUAAUUUAGGACAAUACAAUAUGUAUUUCAUAAGGCCUUAUUUUGAGGGCCUAGUUUUACUCUAAUACAGUGGCCUGAAACUCAUGGUUUACAGGCCACA